AUGGCGAAACCAUAUCGAAUUGCCGUAAUUGCAGAUCCCCAAAUAAUCGAUGAUUAUUCAUAUGGCCGUACAGGAAUAUUCCAAAAAAUAUCCGAAAUAUAUCCAGAUAUUUAUAUGAAAAAGAAUUGGAAGAAUAUGCAAAACAUAUUUAAUCCGGAUGCAAUAAUAUUUUUGGGUGAUUUAAUGGAUGCCGGAAAUCAUGAUAUUGGAUUUGGUGAUGAAAUAAUUUCGGAAGCAAAUAAGAGAUUUCAAAAAGUAUUUGGAAAAACUAGUUAUAAUGUUACUUUGGGAAAUCAUUCAAUUAUUGUACUUGAUACUUUAAAAUUAAAUUCUUCCAAUUUUCCUCGAAUAUUAUUAAGUCACGUACCAUUAUAUCGUCCACCCAACACAGAUUGUGGACCACUUCGACAAAAUAAUCGAUAUAUUAAUCAAGGUCAUGGAUAUCAAUAUCAAAAUUUAAUAGAAGAAUCAUUAACAAAUUUCAUAUUAGAUAAUAUAAAACCACAAUUAAUAUUAAGUGGUGAUGAUCACGAUUAUUGUGAGAUUAAACACGAUGAUAUUAUUGAAAUAUCAGUAAAUAGUUUCAGUUUUGCUAUGAAAUCCAAUUUAAUAUUAUUGACUUGGAAAUAUUGGAAAUCGGUGGGAAAAGCUAUAUUUGAUAUCUUGGAAAUUGCAUUAUCGAUGUAUUUUAUUUGUUGGAUUUGGUUUUGGAUUUGA